GCUCCGCCUGAAACAGGUGCUGCCGCUGCUUUUCUUCCAACCACGGCAGGGGCGGGGGUGCGCCUCCGGCGCAGGGAGGCCGCCCGUGCCGACCGCCGCUCGCCAUGGCUGGCUGGGACGAGUGCGAUCGGCUCCUUGCAGAGGCGUCCUCAAAAGCCUCGCCGCCCUGCACGGGGGAAGACUUGCUCUUUGUGGAGGAAGAGGGAGAACAAGUUCAGGUGUGGCCGAUCAAGCUGGGGCUGGGACGUUUGGAGGAGAUCUUGUCGAUCCGCCCGGGUGAGAUCUGUGAAGUCUACGGUGCCCCUGGCACAGGCAAGACCUUACUGGGCCUUUCGGUGUCUGCAGCUGCAUGCUGUGCUUCUCGGCCCGUGCUUUACGUCACGGUGAAGGAUCCACCCUGGGCGCUGGCCGAGCGCCUUGGGAGCCUUGCUGCAGCCCGACAGAUCGAUGAAGCAGCUCUGGAGCACGUUCGCAUCUACCAAGCCAUGAACUUCACAGACUUCGCCCAGAUCCUCGCUGCUCCGGAGAUCUUCCAAGACAAGCAGCCGCUGGUCAUCAUCGACGGCCUGACGACGCUGCUGUCGCCCUUUACCUCAGCCACGAGUUGGGCACACAGGUGGCGUUUCGCCUGGGCAUGGCGCUCUUUGCGGCAUGUGGCAAUGCCCCGAGGCGCCACUGCACGGGGAGCCUGCGUGUUGAUUCUCUCCCACACGGUGGGCGAGGGUUCUUUGGCUUUGGGACAGCUGUGGACUCAGUGUGCCUCCCGGCGAUUGGAGCUCAAGCCGGGCUGCCUCGAAGUGAAGAUGGCCAAACGAGGUUUGCCAAAUGCUCACGGCCAGCAGCAGGUGCCAAGCUCGGUGGACUUCGUGCUGUGUGAUGCUGGGGUGCUCUGCAGAUGAAGGCCGAGGUGCUCGGCCGUCCGUCUGGAUGAGGGAGCUUUUCAGUGCUUGGAAGUGGCAAGUGUGCCCUAGUGCAGAUGGUUCGAAGGUGUGGGUGAUGGAAGGUUUUCUUAAUGGGGAAGCUUGGAAGUGUCAGACACCAAGCUGAGAUGUUCGUGGGAGGAACGGAUUCCAUGACUUGGCUAAACGCAUCUCUUUUGGGGUUCUGCAAGCACCGUCCACUCCCCCGAAAUCCAGGCACCUUACCCGCCCACAAAAGCACCUUACCCUGCUUGACCCGUGGAACGUCAGGGUGCUUCACGUCCGCUUCGGAAGAGGCCAAAAAGGCUUUUCACUCACUGCGGGGCGAAUGGAGGGCGCUUCUUGGGGCGAAUGGGAAUGGUGGGGGGACGCGGAACAUUGAGGUAAACUGUUGAAACCCAUGGGGGAAUGGUGAUGAGACUUCUGGGAAAGCUGGGGUAAGAUCCUUCUAUCAGGAUUUUUCUUCCCACCUGGGCGUGGUGUGGUGGCACAGCGAACCACACAUCGUUUUGUGUGGGUCACCAUGAACAGCUCCGUGGCAAAGAGAGCUGCUCAACUGAGCUCUACGCUCUAUGAACAGCUCUAAGAUCCUCCGAACGUCUUUCCGCCACUUCUCGGACAUUCGAUGAACUGAUGAAAGUCCAUCCGGGAUCUGAGUGUGAGCAGUGAAAACCGCAGCGCUCGACACAUGCUGGGCGUCCACUGGGCUGUUGAGUACACUUCUUUGGGGUCGAGCCAUUUGUGUUCUUUCGCGUGGAACGGGUCGAUCGUUCCCACACUGCUCCGACACCCAGAUCCUACUUGGGCCGAGGUGCGGCCCAAGUCUUCGAGCCAAGGGUAACAGGUUCUUG